AUGGGACACGUGACCCGCGUGACAAUGGAUAGGAGGAAGGGGAGCUCUCGACAUGGUGUCGUGGCAGUUGCCGCCAUUUGUGCUUUCGGUGCUUGCCUGUGCUUUGCCGACGGCAAUGUGAUGAGCCAAUCAAUCCGACGAUCUGCUCGAGGAAACCCUCUCACAGCCCGGUCUGCAGUGAAGUUUGUCUCACGCAAGAAGGCGAAAUAUGCACCCAUCGAUGUAAACCAGCUGCUUGGUAGCUCCGGAGGUGUGUUUUUUGGGCAACGCAAUGCCCUUCGAAUCCUAGGGUUUUAUCUGGAUACAGUGGGUGGCGACGGCGGACCUCCCAAAGGCUUGGAAAGAGAUCUCAUCACCAAGUGCUUCGGAAACGGUGACUUCCACGGUCGGGGGGACCAUGAAGCUGCCUUUCAAACGUUCAAGGAGUGCAUGCAGAACGGGGAGCCCUUUGAGGGUUCCGAUGAUGGCAGUGGCUGGAUUUGGGCAGUCGCGGACCUGACGGUCGACGGCGGCUUGCAGAUGGAGCUUCGGAAGUCAACGCCUUUGGGCAUGCGUGCCCUCAUGGUGGCGCGGACCGGCAACACAGGCGAGAUGUUCGAAUCCCUCAACUGGCCUACCGUCCGGCGGCGUUUCAAUGAAAUCUUGGGACACCGGGAUGCUGAGGGCGUAGAAGUGCCGGGCUUUGAGCCAGCAUGA